AUGUCCCCAUCGUGGACAAUCAUGAGCGGAUUCGAGACUAGUAGGAAUAAAUUUGAAGAGGGCGAUGGCUUGUACAAGCAGACAGUUUCGGAGGCGCGACCCAGAGAGCUGCAGCAAUGGACGAAUCGAGAGGUUCCAAUGGAGAGCACCCAGCCAGUCAGGGCCGAGAUCUCGCGACUCCUCCUGUCUGCGAUGCUGAGAUAUGUCAUUUUCGUCCGCGAUGAAGCCCGAGCUCAGCUCCUCCCGUCCAAUGCCAAAUGCAAUAAAUCAUUCGGUCCGUACCACCCCGCCGGGAAUAGUUCCACCCAGGAACCUGCACUCCUGUCAUCCCCUAUUGCUUUUUUCUUGCGCCACGCCUCUGGUAUUGUGGUAUCCUCGACAGUAGAGGAGGGAGCAAUCUAG